UAGUUUUGGACAGCAUAAUUUGCCAUCAUAAGGUCUUCGUGGUCAAAUUCUUUCCGCAUGGUUUUACUAAUGUGGUUUAUUGUACUUUAGCAUCAUAAAAUGUAAUUAAUAUAUGGUUUCUAUUUUGUAUAUUAAAAAAAAAAAAGUAUUGGUUGAAAAAUUAGUAGUGGUAUACUGGUAUGAAUCUACGGUGAAUCCUUGGUUUCCCAAAUUCCCACCGCGAAAUUCCCAUCUUUUACUCUCGUUUACAAACAUGGGAAUACUUAAAGCGGGAAUAGACCACACUGUUACAAACAGGAUUACUGUUUGCUUUCGAAAAACUCCAUCUCUUCCUUUCUUCCCAGUUCCCACCCAACCAACGAAAUACAUGUACUGAUAUACAUCAUAUAUCAGCCUAAAUUCUGGUCACACUAGCUUCCGAUCCGCUGCCAUCAAAAUCCAAAUGGAGCGGAGGUGGAGUUGGGUGGCGGUUUUGUUGUUGUUGUUGGGAGCUGCUUAUGGUGUAGAUGGGUUUAUCGGCAUUCACUGGGGCAGAUUUGCAACGCAGAGCUUGGUGCCAUCAAUGGUGGUGGAUUUGCUUCUGCAAAAUGGGAUAAAGGAGAUCAAACUGUCGUCGCCAUCUCCCAACGUCCUGGAGGCCUUGCAGAGUUCCAGUUUAGGCGUCACCGUGGCCUUGCAGAACGAUUUCAUCAGACGCCCCAAAUGGACCAGUAAUGUAAAAAACAUUAGCGGUUGGGUGAACGAACUUCUUCUCGAGCCUGUACAAAGAGGAGUCCCCAUCAAGACAUUGAUUAUUCUGGAAGAACCUUUAUCGCUUUCCCGUACCCAAGUAUGGAAUAUGACUGACGUUUUCGAGGAAACUGUGAGUAAUCUGCAGAUAUAUAACCUUUCGCACAUCAGAACCACAACCAUACAUUCCACCGACGUUUUGAAGAAUGUAAGCAAGCCAUCGGAGGCCGAUUUCCGCGACGACAUCAAGGACAGGAUGCUCCAAUCCCUAAAGUUGUUUAAGAAGGCCAAUUCCUUUUUCAUGUUCAAUUUGCUCCCCAUCUUCUCCGUCAAGGUCAACAAAUGGCCAAUCGAAUUCGCUUUCAUGGAUAACAACUCCAGUUUCACCAUCGUCGACGGCAAAUACACUUACACAAACGCCUUCGAGUUCCUGUUCGAUUGCCUCGUCGUCUCGCUUCAAAAAGCAGGGUAUCCUGAUAUGGAAAUCGUGAUCGGGGAGAUCGGAUGGCCGACGGAUGGCGAGAAGCACGCGACUCCGGAGAAUGCGGAACGGUUUUACCGCGGUUUUCUCAAGCAUAUAUCGGAGAAGAAAGGGACGCCUCGCCGUCCCAACAGGAACAUCGACGUCUUCCUUUCAUCGUUGACGGAUGAGAACAAAGUUCCACUGCAAUUGGGACCGUCGCAACGUCACCGCGGGAUCUACAACUUCGAAGGCACGCCCAAGUUCAAAAUCGAUUUCACCGGAAAAGGCCGCGACAUCUUCCCGGUAACCGCCAAAGGCUCCGUGAAAAUGCCGUCGCGGUGGUGCGUAUUCAACGGCGACACCGCCAACAUGACCAAAGUGAAUGAGCAAUUACAGUUGGCUUGCACCUUCUCCGAUUGCACAUCUCUGUCUCCCUCCUCUUCCUGCAGUAACCUCAACCUCACAUCCAACGUCUCUUACGCUUUCAACAUGUUCUAUCAGACCAGCAACCAAGAUCAAAAAAACGGGGGCUGCUAUUUUGCAGGCUUGGGUGCACUAACCACUCUCAAUCCUUCCGUGGGUACUUGUGAAUUCCCGGUCGAGAUUUUGACUGCGGAGAAGGUAGACGGUGGUAUUCAAAUCCCCUUUUAUAUUGGUUAUGACAGAUCUGGCGGUCACGCACUCAGAUCUUCCCAAACACCACAAGUCUUGUUCAUUGCUCUUUCAUUCUUGUAUUUGAUCAAACAAUUAGGGUAUUUUGUAUGAGAUUUUGAUUUUGAUUUUUUUUUUUUGGGGAUCCAGAGUUGUAUCUUUGGGUUGUCAAUAUAUUCAUUUUGAUUUAAAUGAAACUGGUGUUAAAUGAAAUUGCAGUUAUACCGAAA